AUGAGUUUGUUUCUGGCCCAAGAGCAACAAGUCUUCACAAACUUGGUCGCCGACAUCCAACAUCGACAAGAUGAUCGUGAAUUGCAUUGGUUGGUGUCGCUGGUUAUACUACCUGAGUUCCCACAAAUCAUUGAAGCAUUGAAAAUCUGUUCAAAUUUGUUGAUGUUCAAUUCUCCACAACAGCCUGACCCUAGCAACAAAAUUCAAAAAGGACCUGCUAUAAAGCUACCUGUGUCUUCGGGGACUCAGGACAAUUUGAAAGGGAUUAUUGUCAGAGAUGGUGCCUUUGUGACGGAAUUUACAAUCAAUGUCAAAGAUCACUACUUGAAUAAAGUUUUCCACAAGUUGAGAUUGAAAGAGCCAGUGUUGUUGGAACAAGUAAUCAAUGCCAAUAGUGCUAUUGAUGCGGCGAUCAUGUUAAUUAAUCAACUAUCACAGUUCACCGAUGUCGAGGAGCUAGACCAUGACGUUACGCAUACGAAAUUGAUUGAUGAAUUUCAACGUCUACUAUCCAGCAUACAAACAGCAAAGACGAAUUUACAAUUACCUACAGAUCCUGCAUUGGUGUUUCCUGAAAAAGUGACCCAUGGUCAAUAUUUUGAACCUGAAUUACCAAACACCAUCUCAAUCGAUUUUUAUCUCAACCAAGCGGAAAUUUGCGUAGAUUUGAAAAGUUUGUCAAAAGUAACCGAGAAACCAUGGGGUGAUAUAGAUCCUCAUACAGGGCAAUCGUACGUUGAUAAAGUUCGUGACCAAAUGAAACUACCGCCUUCUUCUGCGAAUAGCAUCAGGGGCACAGGACAGAAGUUUCUGUCGUCAGAAGUUAGCUCUGUUGCAAGCGCAACUCCUAGUAUUCCCUCGGGGAAAGACGAGAAUGUUGGCAAAUUGUUUCCCGAACACGAUUCCCAUGAUAACCAUGAAGCAGGAAGUUUUUUCAACAACAUGAUGAGUCAUAUUCUGUUGAAACCAAAACACGACGCUCAAGAUUACAUCACGAGGUGUAUCACUUACAAUCAAAUGGUGGUUAUGAUCAAGACUAAAAUUGAAGUUUCGUCCGAAGAUCCAGUUUUAGUUAGCUGUUUUACCAAGUUGGAUUCCAUUGAGUACUUGAUUACGAAUUUCCUACACAGUUUGAGAAAUCUAGUUGGAUGA